CAAUCGGGGCAAAACCCAGCAAACAUCACGGCUGGAAACAAACACAGUCGCAGCUCCUGUAAGCCUAGAAGACAGCGCCUUUCCCGUUCCAGAAGAGUAGAGCUGCAGUUUCGUGUUAGCCACAUGGUACGCUGCCUGCAAGAAGGUCAGCAUGCCCGGCACCUGAGCUCAACCACAUCUGAUUUCCUGGCUGCCGUUCUCCAGUACCCGAUAGCCAACAUCCUGGAACAGGCGGGCAAGGAAGCCCAGAACAGCCAGAGGGUGCGGAUCACCCCGGAAGACCUGAAGAGAGGACUAUCAAAGAACCAAGAGCUCAGAUGGAUCUUGGAGGAGGAAGAUGACACCCACUCUCAGGAAGAAGAAAUGCCGCAACCUGAGGAAGAGGAGGAGGAGGAAGACAACAUUGACUCUCAGGAAGAAGAAAUGCCCCAACCUGAAGAGGAGGAGGAGGAUGAGAGAAUGGAGGAGGAGGAAGAUGACCUCGACUCUCAGGAAGAAGAAAUGCCACAAUCUGAGGAGGAGGAGGAGGACGAGAGAAUGGAGAAAGAGGAAGGGAGAAAAAGGAGGAGGAGAAGGAGGAGAAGAAGAAGAAGAAGAAGGGAGGAUUCCUGAGUUUCAGAGCCGUGCGGGACUUCAUCAGCAACCUCCUCCAGAUGCCAAAAUUCCCAUAGAUGAAAGACCGCAGGUUGCUUCCAUCUGCCCAAGCUAUUAAACUGUGUAAAUGCAUGACAGUG